GGGGCAGCAGGUAGGCGACGAGCAUGCGGUUAAGCGGAGCGGGGCAGAAGGGUAAUCUUCCGAAUCUGCUGCUGCUGGUUCUGGUGGUACGGCGGCAUGCGCGGUGCCCUUCUUCGAACCGCACACUAACAUCCCCUGUACCCAGCCACCACCCCGUUUCUGGCAGGCAGCUGCUGCUGUUACGGGUUCGAUCCCACCUUCGACUACGACGACGAACAUCGUUCCGAUUGCUGCCUUUCCACGAUCCGGUCCUUGCUGCGGUACGCGGGUGCGGCGAGAAGAGGCUACAGCAGGGUGGCGGUAGCGCGCAUCAUCGUUCAACACCGAAACUCACUCGCCGACGUAACGACGACUACGAGCGAGAAGAGCAGCGAUUGCUGCGACCACAGCGGCAAGGUUUUUGUGGAUCCAAAAGCAGCAGCAGUAGGCCAUUCCGGGGCCGGAACCUCUUUCGGGAUCGAUCUGGAGUGUUCUUGUUUGUUGUUAUUGUUGUUGUUGUGUAAAGUGCUUGUUGGUGCCUACGGGACGGUGCAUUAUUCUAGAAGACCGGAAAACGGGAACCGGAUCUCGCCUUCGGAAUCGGAUACCCCGACGAGAGACGACGCAACCACGACGACGGUGACGGCGACGAAUCGCGGUUCCCGGUGCGUGUGUAUUGGUGCGCGGAUCUCUGUGCACACCCCGCUUGCCAUCUGCGCCGUGCCCACCGUCCGUCUCACCCGUUUGACCGCGUACGCCCACCAUCUCGGUUACGGGCUUGACGGAUUUCGCCCCGAGGUGCGACGGUUGUUCGGUGGAGCGAACCGCACUCGUUCCCGGGUUCAGGGCAACCACGACGACGAAGACGACGACGACGACUACUACGAGCGUAUCGGUGUGGUGUGGUGUGUUGGGCUUACCAUCGUCACGUACUCCGAGAGCGAGACCGGAUGUAACACGGCCGCCAUUACAGUCGGAUAGUCGGUUCAUCGGUUGGUUGGCUGGUCGUCUUGCCACCGUGUGCGUCACCGAGAGCUGGUGGCGCUGAAGGACAACAUUCAUCAUCAUCAUCAUCAUCACGCGCGCCCCGUCUUCAUUAUUGCCUCCGUGGUCGCAGCAGCAGCAGCAGCAGGCGGGAAGGGGUGCAGGAAUUUAAUCUUUUCUCGCGUGUCUCUCGUGUGGCUAGAUCCGGACUAGCUCGUGUCGUAAGAAACUGGUGCUCCCGUAUCGGUCAGAAAGGGCGCAGAUUGUGUGGCUCACUAUCAUUCCACGGCGGUGGUCGUAAUCAAAACGCGGGAGAACAACAGAAGACCGCAGUAAGCGGUGACAGGAUUUGUUGUUGGUUGGUGGUAGCAACGGCAAGCAAGCGAGCAAGCAGCGAAAGCAACGGAGAGAAGACCAUCCGUCCGUCGGUCGGUUGGUGCGUGGUGGACCGCACCGCCCCGUCCUCCACAAUCCGUGUUGCGUGCGUAUGUGUGCGUAGUCCGUUUCGCGAGUGCUUGAACCGUGGUACAGGCGCGCGCGUGCAGGACAGAGAUAGAGCGAACCUCGUUCCGGUGUGUUCCGCCCCGCGGGGCCCACGGCUUGCUUGGGUGGAAAAGAAACAGGACAAACAAGCGCAAGCGAACGUGGAGCGCGGCACGGUGGAGUGGAGCGGAGUGGAGCGAAGCCAGAGGCAGCAGCGUGAAGCAGGUUCGAAGCGUGCGGUGUGCGUAACGCGAGGAGCGCCCGUCCCGUCCCGGGGUUCCCGGGCACACAGCGCAGGAGAGAGGGGCUGUUGGUGCGGUGCAUCGGGGAGACGGGAGGGGGCGCAUACAGGUUCAUAGCGGCGAGUAAGCGAACGAACGAGCGAGCGAGCGAGUGGCGACGUGUGCUGCAAGGCUAUAGCCAGCAGCUGCAGCCGCGCAAUCGUGAGUUGAGGCGUAACAGCACCGCCGACAGACCGACGAACCACGUACACUCACGGAUCCCGUCGAGUCAAGUCAGUCGAGGGGAGAGGAGAGCAGUGAAGGAGAGGCCACAGAGUGGCACCACAGAGGAGAAGGCAACCAACUACACAGCAGCAGCAGCAACAUUAUGAUGAGCCAAGCAUCUAGUAGCCGUAGCGGCAGAAGCAGCAUGGAGCUGAAAACGGAACGCAAAGAUAAUGGUGGCCUGGAGCAGGGCGACGGUGAGGAUGAUGCUGGUGGAGUGAAGGAGGAGGAGGGUGAAGUCGAGGGUCACACGACCACAACAGACGACGCCCACCAGCAACUGGAUGCGGGCAACUCGUCGGAUCUGGAGAUAGUCGUCGGUAUCGACGAGGAUCACAUCAAGUUCCUCACCAGUAUGCACUCGGGCGACGAGGAACCGGCUCACAAUGGACACCAUUCCGGUGGUGGCAGUGGUACGGUAAGGACGGCACCAACGACAGCACAGGAACGACGACGACGUUCCGGUUCCGGUAGUGUUGGUGGCGGCAGCGUCGGCGGCGUAUCAGCGUCCCAGAAUGGCGGUAGUGUCCGCCCAGCCGCUCACAAACUCACCCAACGGAAACAGCAUCAGCAGCAAUCGGGGUUGCUGCAUCAUUCCCAUCGAUUGAAUGGCAUUUUCAACGGAAAUGGUAAAGCCGCUCGGCGACGGAUGUCGGGAGUCGGGGAGGGGAUAACCGGUAAUGGGGCCACGAAUCGGCCGCUCGCCUUCACCGAUGAUUCCGCCGAUGACGAGGAUGAUGAUGAAGAGGACGAGGAUAGCGAUGAGGAUGACGAUGACAGCGAUGAUGAGGACGAUGAUGAGGACGUGAUGGCGGAGGCUGCUACGAUCCUCUCCAAGACGGCCCAGCAACGAUCGGUGGCUAGCGCCGAAGCCCGCCGGUAUCAGUGUGAUUUGUGUCCGCGGGCGUUCGCCCGGCCCGACUAUCUGCGCUACCAUAUGCGUACGCACGAGAAAAGCAAUUCGUUCGAGUGUAAGCUGUGCUUCAGUAUCUUCGCCUCGGAUCCGGCCUUCGCCCAUCAUAUCCGUACCGAGCACGCCGGGAUGGGGCUGGCCGAUGCCCUACCGCCGGUGCCGGAAUCGGAAGCGAGCCGCGUCAUCUGUACGUACUGUGAUCGAACGUUUGCGGAUGGGGACCAGCUGGAGGACCAUCUGCACCAGCAGCAUCUCGGUGUGCGGCCGUACAAGUGCAACAUGUGCCCGAAGGCGUUCAUCCGGAUGGACUUUCUGCAGUGCCACUACGCCAAGUACCACAACUUUCAUCGGCUCGCCAUGAUGGGCCUGGGUGAGGGUGGUGGCAGUGCUGGUGGAGGAUUUGGCGGCGGCGGUGGUGGUGGUGGUGGUAGCGGAGGUGGAGGAAUGAACCAUCCCCUCGAUCCGAUUGAUCGAGCCGUUCAACGGGCGGCACUGUGGAACAGUGGAUUCUUGGCCGGUGGUGGAGGCACCCAGCAGGGAUCCCAUGGGCGACAGGAUUCGUCGGCUUCGGGUGUACCAAGGUUGGCUGUGCGAAAGAUGGAAGAUCUGCUCGAUGGUCCGAGAAAAAUGCCACCCGGUGGUGCCCCUGGGAUUUAUUCGCGCCGAACAUCGCACACGACGGGCACCACGAUCGGUAGCAGCUCGAGUGAAGAUGACGACGAGGACGACGAUGACGAUGAGGACGAGCUGAAGAUGGUGGUAGUGGUGGGGGAUGAGGAUGGUGAUGAUGAGGGUACGGGUGCGGAGAGUAAUGGGCAGCGAAAGCGGAAGCUCACGAACGGUACGCACGGUGCGCAAUCGGCAAAGAAGAAGAAAAGGGCGACGAUCGGUGCUGUGGUCGCUGGUGGGCCACAAUUACCGGUAGCCACCGUUCCAGCGGUCGAAGAAGAGACGGGCAAGCAUCGGUGUCCGGUGUGUGAGCGACGGUUUAUCCACGAGCCGGAACUGAUGGCACACGUUCGCGUACAUCCUGAUCUACCCACCUACAAGUGUCCACUGUGUGAGCUAACGUUCAUCGGAUCGGACUAUCUGAAGGCGCAUCUUAAAAAGCAUGUCGUCGGUGAUGGUGAAGAUCCGAAUGCGCCCGGUGCGAUCGAUCUGAAAGCGCCCGCAGACACCGUUUCCGCACCAGCACCAGCACCAACACCUUCAACUCGAACAUCGGCUACUACGUCACCUGCACCGCCUGCUCUGAUUGCCAGUAAAUUCCCGAAAAUUGUUUCGAAAGUACCUUCGACGGGCAUUUCCCUGUUGAAACCACUGGAAGAAAGGAAACCACCGGAUCAGCAGCCACAGCAACCACAGCAACCACAGCAGCAACCAUCCCAGGAGUACUGCACCAAAACGGCCGAUGGCAAGUUCAAGUGUACGGUGUGCGAGCGGCUCUUUUCACACCAGCAAACGGUACGCAUCCACUUCCGGAACCAUACGAACGAGAAGCCGUACAAGUGUGCGUUCUGCACGGAAUCGUACAUCCGGUCGGACUAUCUCGAGCGGCAUCUAAAAGUCCACUUCAAGGAUGGCGUUCUGCCGGCGAACGCAAUCGCUAGUAUGGCCGCGGCCGCAGCUCGUGAAGCGGCAGCCGCCGUAGCGCUCUCGAACGGUACCGGUGGAGGUCAACGGUUGUCCCUUCCAUCGUCACCAACACCACCAUCACUGACGACGACCGGGGCGGCCUCGACUCCAGCUACAGCGGUGAAGGAAGAUGUGAAGCGCGAGGUAACACCCUCGACGACCCCGACACCGAAGCCACUGAUCGGGCGAGCUGGGCUCGCACCGGAGAACUAUCACUUUACCGAGUCGAACGAUGGCCAGUUUGUGUGCAAGAUCUGUGACAAGGUGUUUGCGCAGGUGGCAUCGCUGCGGAAGCACGCCCUGGCACACAACGAGGAGAAACCGUUCUACUGUGAGGUGUGCGAUCGUUCGUUCAUUCGUGUCGACUACCUGAAGGAACACUUUAAAUCCAAGCGUCACCUGCAGCUGGUAUCGGAAGGGUUGAUCGGGCUGCGCGAGGUCGAGGAAGAUGAUUCGACCAUGGAUGGUGGUGGAGGCGGUGGAUCGUCGUCCCGAUCGCGCACGGGCCCAUCGAAGCGUCGUAGUAAACCGAGCGAUAAGAGGAAACCGACUGAUGCGCUGGCGGUCGCUAGUGAGGUCACGGUAGAUGCACUCCAUCCAACACUAGUGGCGGCCAACUGUGGCAACAGCCGGUGUAGCAGUACUAGCAGCAGCGGGAGUAGUGGCGGCAGCAGCAGCAGCAGCAGUAGCAGUAGUAGUAGCGGUGGCAGCAUAAGCCGUAGCAGCAGUGCUUGCGAAGUGGCCAUCAUCGAGCACACGCCAACGAAAUUGGUCAUGAACAACAGCAACAGUAACGGUGCGGUACAAACGCCACCCUCGGCAGGCGAACAGCAUCCCCAGCAGCUGCUGCAGCAGAAGACGACAUCCGGAUCGGCGGGGACAACGCCCGAGUUCCAUCGGUCCGAUUACGAGCGCACAUCGGAUGGGCGGUACAAGUGUAAUCAGUGCGAUAAAACGUUCGUUACGGCGGUCACGCUCAAGAUGCACAUUCGGCUGCACACGGGCGAGAAACCGUACAAGUGCGACAAGUGCGAUAAGGCGUUCAUACGGUCCGAUUAUCUGAAGACGCACGAGAAAACGCACCGGCAACAGUCGUUCCUGAGUUUGCUGGCGUUGACCUCGAAGGAACCGAGCACUGCCUCCGAGGCGGGCGAUGAUUCGGAUGUAGGAGAGGGCCAACCGGUGCUGCGACCGGACAGUACUGCCGUGGCCAUGAAGUCGAUGAUCAAGCGAGAAGGGCAGGGUAAUGGCGAGGAGGAAGGAGCAGAAGUGGACGAAGAUGAGGAAGAGGAUGCGGAGGAUGGUGAUCCUUCGGAUGAGAGUGAAGCGGACGAGGGGGAAGACGAGGAAGAGGAGGAGGAAGAGGAUGGUGCGCAGGUCAUCAAAGUAAUGGUCAAAGAGGCGAGUUGCUCGGAGAGCGAAAAUGAGGACGAUGAUGAGGAGGAGGACGACGAAGAAGAGGACGAUGAAGGCACGGGCGAAGAGGCAGAGGAGCGGUCGAGCAGUCAAGCCAGCAAAAAGCAUUUCAACGCCAGCAACAGUACAAUUGAUCUUCCAGAUCGCGAAUCGGCCACUGCCAGCCUGCUGCAGCGUAAUCGCGCACAGCCACCCUCGGGCCGCGAGGUAGCGGGAGCAAAGGAGGCACGGGCCAGUCUCCACAGUAACCGCAGCAUUGUCAGUGGCGGAGAAAGUAGCAACAAUGGCUACGAUGAUCACGACGAGGAUGACAGUGCAUCGCAAACGAGCGACGGGCAGCGAAUGGCGAAUGGUGGUGGCGGUAGCUACUGGGCUCCAGGGAGUGGUGACCCAAGACCGGACAAGCACAGUUGCCCCACGUGCCACAAGCUGUUUGCGUGGCCGAAAUCCCUGAAGAUCCACAUGCGUACCCACACCGGUGAGAAGCCGUACCGGUGCGACGUGUGUGGCAAGUGCUUUGGCCGAUCGGACAGUUUGCGUGGCCACAAGCGAACGCACUCCGAGGAACAUCAGCAUCAGCAGCAGCAGCAGCAGCGGAUUGUGCAGUGCCAUCUGUGUGAUUUGUGUUGUACGAGUGGCGAAGAGCUGGUGCAGCAUCAGCUCGCGGUCCACGGUAUUCAACCGCUAGAGUGCUAGGCAAGGUAGUAGCAGCAGAAUACUAAUCAGCAGGUUCGAUAAGGUUUAAUUUACGUAUAAUCCGUGUAGCUCUGGAACCAGGUCGUAUCGUAUCGUAGUAUCGGCCUGCGGUCGAAUGGUAAGAAUGAAGGAAAAAAGGAUGCAAAAUGAAGGAUGUAAUUGAAAUGUAAAUAGUUAAUCCCGUUCGUACUUAGCAGCUAGUACUUGAUCAUGCACAACCCACGAUAUAGGUUUAAAUAAAUAGUAUUAAUACAAUCUUGACAAUGAAAA